GGUCGUUUCUAUCCCUCCGCCCUGGUCCAGGCCACUGAGGGAAGGGAAGAAACUGAGGCCGGGAGGGCCGGGCCCCAGCCUGGAGCGUGUAGCUCCGGGCCUCCCCCGGGCGCGGCAGUUACGGCGGUUCCGGAGCCGCGGCGCCCAGGGCCGAGGGGCGGGUCCGAAGCCGCGGCCUUGCCUCCGCCGCGCCCGCCAGGAGGCACGCCGCCAUGCUGCAGAAGCGGGAGAAGGUGCUGCUGCUGAGGACCUUCCAGGGCCGCACGCUGCGGAUCGUGCGCGAGCACUACCUGCGGCCCUGCGUGCCCUGCCACAGCCCGCUCUGCCCGCAGCCCGCCGCCUGCAGCCACGAUGGGAAACUCUUGUCUAGUGAUGUGACUCAUUACGUGAUCCCAGACUGGAAAGUUGUUCAAGAUUAUCUUGAGAUCCUUGAGUUUCCUGAGUUGAAGGGAAUUAUUUUCAUGCAGACAGCUUGUCAAGCUGUGCAGCAUCAAAGAGGCCGGAGACAGUAUAACAAACUGCGAAACCUGCUGAAGGAUGCGCGUCAUGAUUGCAUUCUCUUUGCUAAUGAAUUCCAGCAAUGCUGCUAUCUGCCACGGGAAGGAGGAGAGUCCAUGGAGAAGUGGCAGACCAGGAGCAUAUACAACGCAGCUGUUUGGUACUAUCAUCACUGCCAGGACAGGAUGCCGAUUGUUAUGGUGACGGAAGAUGAAGAGGCAAUUCAGCAGUAUGGAAGUGAAACAGAAGGAGUAUUCGUGAUUUCUUUCAAGAAUUACCUGGACAAUUUCUGGCCUGAUUUAAAAGCUGCCCAUGAGCUUUGUGAUUCUAUCCUUCAGUCUCGACGGGAGAGAGAGAAUGAGAGUCAGGAGAGCCAUGGGAAGGAGUACCCAGAACAUCUUCCCCUGGAAGUGUUAGAAGCUGGGAUUAAAUCUGGACGCUAUAUCCAGGGAAUUCUGAAUGUCAACAAACACAGAGCCCAAAUAGAAGCUUUUGUUCGACUUCAAGGAGCCAGCAGUAAAGAUUCAGAUUUAGUCAGUGACAUCCUAAUCCACGGGAUGAAGGCUCGAAACCGCUCAAUUCAUGGAGAUGUGGUAGUUGUGGAGUUGCUCCCUAAAAAUGAAUGGAAAGGAAGAACCGUAGCCCUGUGUGAGAAUGACUGUGAUGACAAGGCUUCGGGCGAGUCCCCAAGUGAGCCCAUGCCUACAGGUCGAGUGGUGGGCAUACUUCAGAAGAACUGGCGGGAUUAUGUGGUGACAUUUCCAUCCAAAGAAGAGGUCCAAUCUCAGGGCAAAAAUGCUCAGAAAAUCCUGGUUACACCUUGGGAUUACAGAAUUCCCAAAAUUCGAAUUAGCACUCAGCAAGCAGAAACCCUCCAGGACUUCAGGGUGGUCGUGCGCAUCGAUUCCUGGGAGUCAACAUCUGUGUAUCCAAAUGGACAUUUUGUGCGUGUUUUAGGAAGAAUCGGAGAUCUGGAAGGGGAAAUUGCAACCAUCCUGGUGGAAAACAGUAUUUCAGUUAUCCCUUUCUCAGAAGCUCAGAUGUGUGAGAUGCCAGUAAACACACCAGAAAAUCCCUGGAAGGUGAGUCCUGAAGAGGAACAAAAACGUAAAGACUUGAGGAAAAGCCAUCUCGUAUUCAGCAUUGACCCCAAAGGUUGUGAAGAUGUGGAUGACACACUCUCAGUAAGAACCUUAAAUAAUGGCAACCUGGAACUUGGGGUCCACAUCGCAGAUGUAACACACUUUGUGGCACCAAAUUCUUACAUUGAUAUUGAAGCUAGAACAAGGGCCACCACUUAUUAUCUAGCAGAUCGUCGCUAUGACAUGCUGCCUUCCGUCCUCAGUGCCGAUUUGUGUUCCCUUCUGGGAGGCGUUGAUAGGUAUGCUGUAAGCAUCAUGUGGGAACUGGAUAAAGCCUCUUAUGAAAUUAAGAAAGUGUGGUAUGGCAGAACCAUUAUUCGAUCAGCAUACAAACUGUUCUAUGAAGCAGCCCAAGAACUACUGGAUGGAAACUUAAGUGUUGUUGAUGAUAUUCCAGAAUUCAAAGACUUGGAUGAGAAGAGCAGACAAGCCAAGCUGGAGGAGUUAGUGUGGGCAAUUGGAAAGCUAACCGACAUAGCUCGCCAUGUCAGAGCUAAACGAGACGGAUGUGGUGCACUGGAACUGGAAGGGGUAGAGGUUCGCGUACAGCUAGAUGACAAAAAGAACAUUCACGACCUCAUCCCCAAGCAGCCCCUGGAAGUCCACGAGACAGUGGCUGAAUGCAUGAUCCUGGCCAACCACUGGGUUGCCAAAAAGAUCUGGGAGAGCUUCCCUCAUCAGGCCUUGCUGCGCCAGCACCCUCCUCCACACCAGGAGUUCUUUUCGGAACUCCGGGAAUGUGCUAAAGCCAAAGGCUUCUUCAUAGAUACACGGUCCAAUAAAACACUGGCUGAUUCUCUGGAUAAUGCAAAGGACCCCCACGAUCCCAUCGUGAACAGGCUGCUGCGCUCCAUGGCCACGCAGGCCAUGUCCAAUGCUCUGUAUUUCUCCACCGGAUCCUGUGCGGAGGAGGAGUUCCAUCAUUACGGUGAAUCAUACCAUAUUCCCGUGUGUGGCUGUAACUUUGUGCUAGUUAUUUUAAAAGAGUUUUUGUUUAUUUUGAUCUUUUGCUUUCUUUUUGAAGGUCUUGCAUUAGAUAAAUAUACCCACUUUACUUCUCCAAUAAGAAGAUAUUCAGAUAUUGUAGUACACCGCUUGUUAAUGGCAGCCAUUUCAAAAGAUAAGAAAAUGGAAAUUAAGGGAAAUUUGUUCAGCAACAAAGAUCUUGAGGAAUUAUGCAGACAUAUCAACAACAGAAACCGAGCAGCACAGCAUUCUCAGAAGCAGUCUACUGAGCUCUUCCAGUGCAUGUACUUCAAAGACAAAGACCCUGCCACCGAGGAGCGUUGCAUAUCUGAUGGAGUUAUUUAUUCAAUUAGAACAAAUGGUGUGCUUCUAUUUAUACCAAGGUUUGGGAUUAAAGGUGCUGCUUAUCUAAAAAAUAAAGAUGGUUUAGUCAUCUCAUGUGGCCCAGAUAGCUGUUCUGAAUGGAAACCAGGAUCCCUUCAACGAUUUCAAAACAAAAUUACCUCUACUACAACAGAUGGGGAAUCUGUUACAUUCCAUUUGUUUGACCAUGUAACUGUAAGAAUAUCCAUACAGGCCUCACGUUGCCAUUCUGAUACAAUCAGACUUGAAAUAAUUAGUAACAAACCAUACAAGAUACCAAAUACAGAACUUAUUCAUCAGAGUUCCCCCUUGCUGAAGAGUGAGUUAGUGAAAGAAGUAACUAAAUCUGUGGAAGAAGCUCAGCUUGCUCAAGAAGUCAAAGUAAACAUCAUUCAGGAGGAAUAUCAAGAAUAUUGCCAAACAAAGGGAACUAGCCUAUACACACUUCUAGAGGAGAUACGGGACCUAGCUCUCCUGGAUGUUUCAAACAAUUAUGGAAUAUGAGAGGCUCUUACUUCACUAAGAGCUGUCACAUGUGAAUAUUUUACAGUCUUUUCAAACUUAACAUUUAAUGUGUGUCACUCAGUGCUCUAGUCAAUCAGGACUGGGUACCUAUUUCACAUAUAUGUAAAUGUUCUCAGCCAGGUGCAGUGGCUCACACCUGUAACCCCAGCACUUUGGGAGGCUGAGGUGGGCGGAUCACGAGGUCAGGAGAUUGAGACCAUCCUGGCUAACAUGGUGAAACCCAGUCUCUACUAAAAAUACAAUUAGCCCGGUGUGGUGGCAUGCACCUGUAGUCCCAGCUACUUGGGAGGCUGAAGCAGGAGAAUUGCCUGAACCCAGGAAGAGGAGGUUGCAGUGAGCCAAGAUCACCCCACUGCAUUCCAGCCUGGGUGACAGAGCGAGACUCCAUCUCAAAAAAAAAAAAAAAGUUCUCUCAUUCAUUAAAGUUGCAUUAAAUAAAGUAUAAUUAGGUCACUAUGGAAACUGAGUUUUCAGUAAUGAGUGGACAGUAAGUGGUGGCUCUGCAGAUUGCUAGCCCCUUUCUAAUAAGUUUAAUAAACCCAAAAUUAUUGGUUA